AUGGUGCUUUCAGACCUCGGUCGGCGCAUCAAUGCGGCCGUCUCAAACCUCAAUCGCGAGGCCAACCUCGACGAGAAAGCCUUCGAUGCUAUGAUCAAAGAGAUUUGCUCCGCCCUGUUAGCGGCAGACGUCAACGUCCGACUGGUCAAGAAUCUGCGAAAGUCGAUACAGAGCACAGUCAACUUCAAAGAUCUCCCACCCCACACGAGUGCGAACAACAAGAAACGAUUAAUCCAACAGGCAGUCUUCGACCACCUCGUUCAACUGGUCGAUCCUCACGCCGAGCCGUACAAGCCGAAGAAGGGCAAGUCCAACGUUAUAAUGUUCGUCGGUCUACAGGGUGCCGGCAAGACGACAACGUGUACGAAGUUGGCGAGGUACUACGCACAACGGGGGUUCCGAUCAUGUCUGGUCUGCGCAGACACCUUCCGAGCCGGUGCGUACGAUCAGUUGAAGCAGAACGCCACCAAGGCGAAGAUCCCAUACUACGGCUCGUUAACACAGACGGACCCCGCGGUGGUGGCGGCCGAGGGUGUUGCGCGGUUCAAGAAGGAGAAAUUCGAAAUCAUCAUCGUCGACACAUCAGGUCGGCAUAAGCAGGAGGCCGAUUUAUUUGCUGAGAUGGUCCAGGUUCAGAAUGCCAUCAAGCCCGAUCAGACCAUCAUGGUUCUCGACGGGACGAUAGGCCAGGCGGCCGAAGCCCAAUCGUCAGCCUUCAAGCAGACAGCAGAUUUUGGAGCCAUCAUCAUAACGAAGACUGACGGCGGUGCUGCGGGAGGUGGUGCUAUAUCUGCCGUUGCGGCCAGCAAUACUCCAAUUAUCUUCUUGGGCACAGGCGAGCACAUGAUGGAUCUCGAGAGAUUUGCACCGAAGCCUUUCAUCCAAAAGCUUCUAGGUUAUGGCGACAUCACAGGCCUGAUUGAACAGAUCUCCACGAUCACGAAGGAGUCCGCCGGUCUAAAGGAGACACAGAAGCAUUUGGCCGAGGGCAUUUUCACGAUGAGAGACAUGAAGGAGCAAAUCCAAAACAUCCUAAAGAUGGGUCCGAUGUCGAAAGUCGCAAGCAUGAUACCGGGUUUGAGUUCAAUGAUGGGUGGCAUGUCAGACGAAGAUGGCCAGGAGAAGAUUCGCAGAAUGAUCUACAUUUUCGAUAGCAUGACGGCCAAAGAACUCGACUCGGAUGGAAAGAUCCUCAUCUCCCAACCGACACGAAUCACGCGGAUAGCAUGCGGCUCGGGAACGAGCGUCAGAGACGUAGAGGAGCUUCUGACCCAGCAUAAGGUCAUGGCAAGUCUUGCGAAAAACAUGGGCGCCCAGAGAAAGAACAUGGCCAAGGCCCAGGCAAUGCUGCAAGGUGGGAACAAACAGCAACAGAUGGCUGCUAUGCAGAAGCGAGCUCAAGCGAUGGGUAUGGGUCGAUCCAUGCCAGGAGGAAACGACAUGGGCAAACUCAUGCAGAUGAUGCAGAGCAUGGGAAUGGGUGGCGGCGGACCUCCUGGUGGCAUGGGCGGCAUGGAUCUCAAUUCCAUGGCCAGCAUGCUUGGAGGUGGCGGCGGUGGCGGCGGCGGUGGAGGAAGGGGUCGUGGCAGAUGA